AUGCCGCGCCGUUUGGAAGCAAAAUAUCUUGUGAACUUCCGCAAGCGGAAGCGUGAAGAGCAGGAAAUCGAAGGAGUCUCGCCGAGGCCUGCUGUGACGAAUGUGGAACGCAUGAGGCAGUACAGGCAGCGGAGGAAAAAUGCGCGGGAAACUAUCGGCGUUGGUGUCGGGCCCGGUGUCAAUGCCGGUACGACUGCGGCUGCCAAUCUUGAGCCGGUGCUCAAUUUUGUGCUGGAACCUCUUCCGGGCAGGAGCACUGAUCCGAUGGGGAAGCCCAUGUUGAACAAUUUCGAUCCCAAGGAAUUGACAUAUCUAUACCAAUUCAAGAAGAACCAAAAUUCGAUAAAGCUGAUCUACAAACGGUUCACUGAAAAUGAAUUUGGUAUACCGUGCAGCGUAUGUGAUAGGCUGUGGUUCAUCAAUGAUCUAAAGUCAAUCACCGAAGCUGCAGGGAGAGUGUUGAUAGAGGGAAAUCAUUUUGAAUCGGUCAAUGAAUUCAAAGUAUGCCAGACUUGUCGCAGCAGUUUGCAACGUGGUGCUGUACCCAAUUUGUCAACAUCGAAUGGGUUCAAAUAUCCACCUUAUCCUUUGGGCCUUCCACCGCUGGACCCAAUUAGUGAAAGGCUUAUUUCACCACGACUGCCAUUUAUGCAGAUUCGUCGCCUGCGCCAAGCGCAAGGCAGUUACACGAUCAUUGGUCAGGUGAUCAAUGUUCCAGUAGAUGUAGAUGAGAUGUCUGUGGUGAAAGCUUGGUUGGAAUAUCUCGUUACCACUCCUUUGUAUAGACGGGAGGGGGUAAGUUUUAACCAAGAACGAUUGAACGCUAUUGCUUCUGAGCCUCAACCUGGUUCAUCGCGGGAUGGAGAUGCAAUCCAGCUGGAUGUCAUCGAGGAAACCAAUGAUGUGGAGAUGUUUGCUGGCCAACAACAGACACUUAUGUGGAAUGAGGAUAAGUGCUUGGAAAUCGCCCCAGCACAAAACAGGAGACCAGUAUCCAUCGUUUACGAUGAUGAUGCCGAGGAGCUUUCCUUUCCGGAUAUUUAUCUUGGACACCCCAGAAAAUUCAAGGCUGGGAUUCACGUCACGCCUUUCAUGAAGGCUACUAGUGAGCUGAGACGGAGUGAUAGGCGAGGAGCCAAGCCCAACCAUUUGCUGUACAUGGCUAUGAAGAUUCUGCGUCUUCGAGUUACCGAAGGGUUACAGCAUGUCUUCAAAAGCGUGGGAACCGCGAACAUAACGCGAGGACAGCUCAACGACCGAGCUUUCGUGGAAGGUCUUAUGGAACGGAACCUGUCGUUUAUGAAGUCGAUACCAAAUUCAGUGCAAUAUUGGUAUCAAAGGAAACAGGACCUUUUCGCCAUGAUACGACAGUUGGGGAAGCCAACAAUGUUCCUGACUCUGAGCGCCAGUGAAACUCAAUGGCCUCUUUCGUUGAAGCAGCUACACAAACUCUCCAGUGAGUAUAACGGCAUUGCUUUAACGGACCCGCUGCAGGAGCUGAGUGCUCUACAGCGAGCAACGCUGGUCAAUGACGAUGCCGUCACGUGCUGCUUGUACUUCAACAAGCUUGUCGAUGUUCUCAUGACGAUCCUUUCUUCACCAAGGUUCAGCCCGUUGGGAAAGCAUUACGUCGUGGACUCCUUCAAGCGCAUCGAGUUUCAGCAUCGCGGCAGCCCACAUGCACAUAUCAUGCUUUGGCUCGCAAACGAUCCUAACGAAACUGUUUCUGAAGAUAUGCCUGCUACAAUGGAACUUAUUAGGAAAGUUAGUUCCAUCAGCGCUGUGCAUUUGCCGGAAACGAUCAAGAAGCAGAUUCAUGACCACACGCGUACUUGCUACAAACGUAAUGAAAAGCGUUGCAGGUUUAACAUACCGUACUGGCCAAUGAACGAAGAGCGAACACUGAUUCCUCUCACCGCUGAUGAUAGUCGCCGUGAUCAAUUGAGGAAGCGUGCCUCGGAAAUGAGACAAAUUUUGGAAACCAAGGCAUUUGACACGUUAGAGGAGUUUCUAGACGACUGUAAAUGUACAUACGAGUACUACCUUGAUGUUCUGCGUUCUUCGAUUAAGCGACCAACGAUCUUCCUGAAGCGAGUGAUGAAUGAGCUAUGGACGAAUCCUUUCAACCCAUGGAUUGCUCAAAAGCUUCGUUCUAACAUGGAUUUGCAGUUCAUCCUCGACGUGUACUCAUGUGCGUGUUACUUGGUUGACUAUGUCAACAAGUCCAACCGCGGUAUAAGUGGAUUGCAUCGAGAGCUUAUCGCUCUGCAAGAGCAGUAUCCGGACCAAGAUUACACGGCUUUGCUGAAGAAGGUUAGUUUGAAAAUGCUGAACUCUGUGGAGAUGUGUGCCCAGGAAGCUGCAUGGGUACUUCUGCGAUUGCCUAUGUCUGAAGCCAGCAGGAAAGUUCAAUUCUUACCAACGAUGUGGCCUCAUGAAAGGAUAAGAUCUAGGAAACAGUACAGGCAGAUGGAUGAAGAGGAAAUCGAUGAGGAUUCGAUUGAUGUGUGGACCAAGAACAUUAUCCAGAAAUACGAAGAGCGCGAUGGCUUAGAAGAUGUGUGUUUAGCUGACUUCGCAGCACGGUACACUCAAAGAAGAGGUACUAACACCUACACUAUUCGGAAUGUUCCACGAAUAUUGAGAUGGCGUGGCUACAGCAUGAACGAGUUGGCUGAGUACAAGCGUGAAUCGGUACUUUUGUUUUGGCCAUUCAGAAGCGAAGUCUGCGACAUUCUGGAUGGCAACAAGUUUCUUCAGCUUUAUGAUAUGAACGAGGCAGAUCUCUUGAGAAAACGAAGGGAAUAUGACUGCGAGCUGAACUUGGAACAGACUGUAGAGGAAUACCUUCGUACUUGUGAGAACGAAGAGGUUGGUGAGCAGGAGAAUGCCGCUACAGAGAAGAAUGAUGAAUUUGUGCGAACGAUCAUCAUGAAGCCCAACAACGACGAUAUUGAACAUUUGACCACAGGAGCACUGAAUGCUGUCAUCAGGCAACGUACUAAUGUCAUGUCGAAAGAAGAUUACUGUGCAAUGGUGCGGACAACCAAUGCUGAGCAGCGCGACCUCAUCCUGCAAAUGAUCCACAGUUUGCACAGUUACGAUGAAAGCAGCAAGCCGAUGCAGAUUUUCUUUACUGGACCUGCUGGGUGCGGUAAAACAUUCACUCUGCGCAUUUUAAUGGAGACGAUAAAUCGCUACAGUCAAGCCCACAACGCGCAGAAGAACGCCUAUGUGGCGUGUGCUUCCACCGGAAAAGCAGCCGUUGCUAUAGGAGGAACAACCGUUCAUUCAGCGUUUCGGAUCACUAUGUCAAGGCGAGCCAAUUCGAAACUCAGCUUUGAGAUGCUGCAGUUGUACCGCAAUGCUUUUGCAAACAUUAAGGCGGUCAUAAUCGAUGAAGUUAGUAUGAUUGGUGCGGAUAUUCUCAACACCAUUCAUGCGCGUCUUCAGGACAUUAGUGGCAAUUAUGAUGAUCCAUUUGGCGGAAUUAACAUCGUAUUCUGUGGAGACUUGCGACAAUUGCCACCCGUCAAUGCAAGGCCUGUUUACAAGCCUACAGGUAAUUCCUUUCACGGUGCUGUUCUUUGGCAAGCAUUGGAUUUCUUACCGCUUGUUAAGGUGAUGCGGCAGACAGAUGUAGAGUUCUCCAGUAUACUCACUAAGAUUGGUAAUGGCCAGCAAAUGACUGCUGAGGAGACCAAACUGAUUGAAAGUCGGUUCCGUACUGUAGAGUGGUGUAAACAAAACGCACCAGGAGCAAUAAGGCUUUAUCAUCGGAAUGCGGAUGUUGAAGCAUACAACAACGAAGUACUGCAUAAUCAGGAUGCUCUGGACUGUAUAGCGGAUGACGUUUUCGCGGGAUACAAGGACGCUGGUCAACUGGCAAGCUCUCGCAUCAAGCUCUACAAGAUGAGCGUCGUGGAAACCGGUGGGUUACCGUAUUUGCUACGCCUUUCCGUUGGUAUGCCAUACAUGAUUACAACCAACGUCGAUGUAGAAGAUGGCGUAGUGAAUGGUGCGAUAGGUGAGCUGAAAUAUAUUGAAAAGGAUGAAGACGGCUCAGUUGUGAAACUAUGGUUCAAGUACGACAACGAGACGAUAGGUGCUGCGUUGAGGAUCAAAUCGCGACCAACUGUCUAUUCAAGACCAGGAAUUCUGCAACCCGAUUGGACUCCUAUUGCAAAGCGUUCAGGUAACAUAAAGCUAAGCAGCAUCAUUAAAUGCAAACGCAUACAGUUUCCGGUGGUUAGUGCCUGUGCGUUAACAGUUCAUAAGUCGCAAGGUGGCACUUUCUCCGAGGUCGUGUAUGAUUAUGACAAGAGUCAAGAUCAGCAAUUGGUGUACGUUGGCUUGUCACGUGUUACGACGCUUCAAGGCCUUUACUUGACGAACACCGCAAACUCGUUUAAAUUUCAUCAUGCUAAGGGUAGCAACUCACCAAAGAUGGUGGAUUUAAGGAACGAGUUGUUGCGUUUGAGUAAUCACCGAUUGCGUACACUAGGAGAUGAACUGAGUGAAGUAGUUGAAAACAGCGGCUCUGCAUGCACAUUGAUGAGCCUCAAUGUACAGAGUUUGAACGCUCACGCGCAGGACAUAGCGACUGAUCGAAUCCUUUCAAGCGUAGAAUUUCUCGCUCUGAAUGAAACCUGGAUGGAUGCUACCUCUCUAAUAGAGAUUGAUGGAUAUAAGCGCAUCACCCAGUGCAAGCGAAUGGGUAUGAGAGCGGCUGGAGUCGCGAUCUAUCAGAAAGAAACGGCAUCAACCGUGGCUGUUCCGCAUCCCAUCAAGCAACUCGGUGAGGAUCGAGACGAGACGUUUGCCGAAGUGAUCAACUAUGGAGACAUAUGUGCAGCAAAGGUUAAUGUUAUGGGAACCGAAGUACUUCUGAUUAGAAGUGCCCGAACCAUCAAACAUCUAAUCUACAGGAAAUACAUCGCUACGCUCAAGAAACCGGAGCCCGGAAUGCAACGUUAUUCGAUACGAUACACAGCAAAUGCUCACCACAAACAACACCUGGUCGCUAACAAUCAUCGGUAG